CUCCCUCUCCACUCCCACAAAUUUUUGCUGCCAAAUAAAACCAAAUCAUGUCAACAACUUGUGCUUCCUUUUUCUAUAGCAUCACUCUGAAUCCUUCAUCUUCAAGAUUCAACAAUCUUGUUUCUUCAAAUAAACUUCAACUAACCCCAUCAUCACCAUUUUCUUCAUUUUUAUCCAAAACCCAUAUUUCCAAUACAAAAAGACUCAAUCUUGUGACUGCUACUGCAACACCCACAAAUCUUGAAUCAUCACCUCCAAAGUCAUCAUCUUUUAGAGACAAAAAUCCUAAAGAUAUCAAUGUUUUAGUUGUGGGCUCAACUGGGUACAUUGGUAAUUAUGUUGUUAAGGAAUUGGUUAACAGGGGGUUUAAUGUAAUUGCUGUUUGUAGAGAAAGAAGUGGAAUUAAAGGUAAAAACAGUAAAGAAGAGACCUUAAGUAAGCUCAAUGGUGCUAAUGUUUGUUUUUCAGAUGUGACAAAUAUGGAUGUUUUUGAAAAAAGUUUGGAAAAUUUAGGUGUGUCAAUUGAUGUUGUUGUGUCUUGUCUUGCUAGUAGGACUGGUGGUGUUAAAGAUUCAUGGAAAAUUGAUUAUGAAGCUACAAAAAAUAGUCUUUUAGCUGGUAAACAAUUUGGGGCUAAACAUUUUGUUUUGUUAUCUGCAAUUUGUGUGCAAAAGCCUCUGCUUGAGUUCCAAAGAGCUAAGCUUAAGUUUGAGGCUGAGUUGAUUAAAGAAGCCGAAAAUAAUGAGGAUUUUAGUUACAGCAUUGUUCGUCCGACCGCAUUUUUUAAAAGUUUAGGAGGGCAAGUUGAGCUAGUGAAAGAUGGAAAACCAUAUGUGAUGUUUGGAGAUGGAAAGUUGUGUGCUUGUAAGCCUAUAAGUGAGCCGGAUUUAGCUUCGUUUAUCGCGGAUUGUGUGUUGAAACCUGAUAAGAUUAAUCAGAUUUUGCCUAUAGGUGGUCCAGGGAAGGCAUUGACACCAUUAGAACAAGGGGAAAUGUUGUUUAAACUUGCGGGAAAGAAACCGAAUUUCAUUAAAGUCCCUAUUGAGAUCAUGGAUUUUGCCAUUGGGGUUCUUGAUUUUCUUGUUAAUAUAUUUCCUUCAAUGGAAGAUGCUGCGGAGUUUGGGAAAAUCGGAAGGUAUUAUGCGGCCGAAAGUAUGUUGAUUUAUGAUCCCGAAACUAAACAAUAUAGUGAUGAGGACACCCCGAGUUACGGGAAGGAUACAUUGGAAGAUUUCUUUAAACGGGUGCUUGAAGAAGGAAUGGCAGGACAAGAACUAGGAGAACAAACAUUUAUUUGAAAAGUUUUUUAUUGUGUUCAAGGUAAAGUUUGUGAAUUAUAUGCCAUUUUUGCAUAUAUGAUGUCGAUUUCUUAUGACUGUGAAAUUUGAGCAGAUUUUUGGCAA